UUUAGGAAGUAACUACCGGACGACGAGUUGAGCGAGGUUGUUGGAGACGGACAUAUAUCUGAGGUAUGUAUUCUAAUUAUUGAGUUUUUGCGAUCUCUGCCAUCUCUUCCCGUCAUUUUUCCACCACACGCCGCUCGUGUGACUUGUGUCCCCCGCACGCGGCACGAGAUUAAAGUCUUUAUGCUUCAUAAAGAUACGCGUCCGAGACUCUAGUCUCCGAGUGUGAGAAGACAAAACUCGGAACUUGAUCGACCUGUCGCACAGAUCAUGACACUCUCCGGUCACGCAGAAGCCCUCGCCGCCUCGUUGGCCAAGGCAAACCUCGUACCCGGCCCAGCAGCCGAGCUGAUUCCCGAGGGGUUCACGCCGACGACCAAACUCGACGUGUCGUUUGAUGAUAAAGCUGUCGAAUUGGGAAACUUCUUCCGGGCAGGGGAGUGCAAAAAGGCACCGAGCAUCGCCUUCCCGGCCGAGGCCGGAGCCCCUUCGAGCGCUGCAUAUCUGCUCAUCUUUGCAGACCCCGAUGCACCCACCCCGGAUGACCCUCGCUAUGCCUUCUGGAGGCACUGGGUGGUGCCCGGGCUGCAGCCCCUAAGCCCAGGCCCGAGCCGCCAGACCACCCUGGUCGCAGAGACCAAGGAGCCGCUCACCCAGUAUCACCCCCCGGGACCUCAGGACCUUUCCAAGCCACAUCGGUACCUAUUCCUACUCUACCGCGAGUCGGAGCGGCUGGACUUGGCCAAGGAGGAUGUCGGUGGGGAGGAAUUCGACGAGAGAAGGUCUUUUAAGCUGGCUGAGUUUGUUAAGUAUCACCGCCUGGAACUGGUGGGAGUGAACUGGAUGACUUGUGCCGGAGAUGGGUGGAAGGAGGAAUAAAUUCGUGCGGGUUUAAGGCAUCCUUUUAUGAGAUGUCUUAUAUACCAAUCAAUAAGCAGUACUGAAGACGCAGUAACUAAAAAUAUUGUUGAUAAUAGGAACGC